CACAAGAUGCCCAGGAGCUCAAGGCUGAGCUUCCACAUUUUGGUGGCAGUGGUGGGAUCCCAACGGAAGGCGGCUCCUGGUGACGGUUGAACAGGACACGGUCUUGCUGUGGCAAGGUGGACACGGGCCCAACUAGGACGUGAGUAUACCGUUUGGGACUCACGACUAGUGUCUCCCCAAGUCAGGGGCGGACCUGGAUCCAACUCAACGCAGCAGGAGCUGCUACCGGACGGGAUCCAGAACGAACCAGUGAACAGCUUUUUAAAGGGACCACCACAAAAGCGCUGGGAGUGCUAUAGAAGGUGCCACUAAGGAAGGAAGACUGAAGAAAAGUGAAACGAUGAAACCUACCCUCUUUCUCUUUGGCCUCUGCCUAACAGCGACAUGGACAUCAAUGCAGACCAGUAACACCACCAGCGGUGCACCUCCCACUCUCCAAGGGCCUACAAGCAACUCUAGUGCAGCCACCGCGGAGACGUGGAUAAAAACAGGCACCCCCGCGAUGACGUCACACUCUACAGAUGUUACUACUAAAAUGACUAAUGGUUUUGUGAGUAUGGCACCACGUAUUGCUUCUGAUGGCCCCAAUGGUACAGUAAUAGUCCCGAGGGAUCUCGUGAGUGCUAUGAGUAACAAUAUGACUAUUAGCACCCCCCCAAUGAGUUUAUCACUGCCCAGAGUGAUAGGUACCCAGUCUAAUAAUAUAAGUGAGUCCAGUCAGACCUUAGCUACCCCUUGCAACCUCAUCGGGGAUUGGUGGGUAUGGAAACAGAAUAGCAUAACGCUGAAUAACACAGGCCCCACGAGAAUAGUUCAGGUCAGAGUGAAUGCCACGUGUGAUCGUCAUGGCCCAGGUAACAGUGGGUUUAACCAGACAAUUUGUCCCUUGGUCGGCUUUCCUGACUACUCUAAGGCCACUUCUAAUUAUAGCAGCAUAGUCAUCCAAAAUCUUGCAUGGUCACAGGAUUGCAUAGAGCAUUUGCAAAACCUAACAGGACUUCAACAGUGGUGCCCUGGAUAUAAUAUUACAACUCUGGAUGCCAGGACAGAAUGUCCCCAUAAUAUAACAAUUCAUAAUACUGGCAUCUGCCAGGAAGUAAUGUCUGUAUGCCUACGAGGAAAUGGCACCAAAUCCGAGGAUACCUAUACGUACUUAAAUGAUACACGCACGUGCUGCCAUGCCUUUGUGAAUAAUACUGCAGCGGACCCCAGAGACUAUUUGUUCAACUUUCCCGGUUGCUUAAAAUCAAAAAUCUCGCCCACACACCGCACCGUUUUCUUAAGACCCACCGAAAGAAAAGAAGCAAUUUACCGGAAGCAACGAGCCUUACUGGCAACAUCUUUACUGGCUUCCUUGAAAAAGUAA